AUGACAGACAACACUAAGAUGAGGAAGAAGUGGCAUGGGCUGACGGAAGAGUCUGUAACGAUAUUUGGAGCGAGCUGCUUGAGACAUGCAGAUCCCGAGAUCGCGAAAGCUUUUCUUAAUCGCUUCUUGAAAAUGGGUGCACCAGGAGGUCAAAAAGGACAAGCGGCAAUCAUCCAAAAUGCUAUAGAAUCACUUGGAUCGCCAAAUGCCGAUGUGUAA